AUGAAAAAGAAAUCGACUGGAACUUUAGCUGAUAAGAUAGCAGGUAUUUUGAAUACCGCCCCUUCGAGUAUUGACCCUGAAGAUGAGGUUGAUGACGCCACGGUUGCAAAAGUUGUGGAAGACGAUGUUGAAGAAAACGAACAAGAAGAUGAAAUUUUGAGCAAAUUUCGUCAAAAAAACAUUGACCUGUUAGCUGAUUUAGAUGAGAAGUAUGCCGGAAAAAAGACCAGUCGGAAGAAUUUGAGGGAUUCCGAUUCAGAGGACGCAUCGCUGGGAAGUUUGGACGAUAAGGAAGAAGAAGAAGAAGAAACUGAAACAAAAGGCAGUGCGAGCGAGAGCGAGGACGUGGAAGAAGAAUCGUCUCAAGAAGACUCUGAAGGUCCAGAAUCAAAUGAAGAUUUAUCAGAAGAUGAUGGGGAGUUGUCGGAAAAUGAUAACACUGAAGAGAAUUUCAAACACAUUUCGGACACGAAUGUUUCAAAACAAAUUAAAAAAGGGCUUUGUGUGAGAAACCAAAUGGCAAUGUGGGAAAACCUCCUAGAAGUACGAAUCCAACUCCAAAAAUGUCUCUUGACUGCCAAUAAAAUGCCACAACCCGAGAAGUUUAAAGAAAUCAAACAAUCUGAUCCCGAUUUUUCCAAUAAAGUUAAUGAGACAAAAAACAAAUUAUGUGAUGUCUUAGAUAAACUACUAUUGUUACAAAAAUUGCUGUAUAAACAGUAUCCUGAAACAAAAAAUUUGGAUCAGACAAGCGCUCAAAGUGAAAAAGUUGAAGAUCCUGAUGAUGAAGAAAUUCCAAGUGAUACAGAUGUUGAAGAAUCAGGCGGCGAAGAAGAAAUUGUAAGCGAUACUCCCAAGAAGAAACGAAAAUUAGAAUAUUACGAAAGCGAAAUUUUCGAAAAACACAAAAAAUACAAAGAUUACAGAAACAACAUCAUACAGAAAUGGAACGACAAAACGCGCGUUGUGGUCAAAGGGGGCACCACUUCGCACUCAGUUCUAGACCAGAUUGAAUACAAUUUGAGUAACAAAGAUAAGCUUAUCAAGAAAACGCAACUCAAGCGUUCCCAGUACUCCAUCCUAGGUGAAGAAGAAACAGAAGAUAGAAACAGUGAGGAGUACAAUAGCGAGAUUUUUGAUGACGACGAUUUCUACCAUCAGCUUUUGCGCGAACUAAUUGAAGUCAAGUCAGCCGACGUCAGCGAUCCAGUGCAGUUAAGUCGCCAGUGGAUUCAGUUACAGAAUCUAAGGAGCAAAAUGAAGCGAAAAAUCGACACAAGAGCUACAAAGGGACGCAAAAUACGAUAUGCUGUACACAGCAAACUGGUUAAUUUUAUGGCGCCCAUUGAUGGGAAUUUAUGGACAGAUGACGCGAAAAAUGAGUUGUAUAGCUCGCUCUUUGGCAAAAAUAAAACUGCAUCUAAUUUAUAAAAUAAAUUGUUUUAUAAA